CACCGAACUUCAUCUUCUUGAACUUUGUGCAUUACCAUGAAUUAAGUAUAUAGAGCUCUGAUAAUCCCGCUCGUUUGAUUUCUUUUUAUUUUGAUUCAUGUAAGUUUGCUUCAGACAGUCUUUCAAUCUUUCAAUCUUUCAAUCGUGCAAUCUUUCAAGUAUAAAGGAUUGAUUUACACUCUUCGUUCGUUGCUCAUUACUUUCACUCACUUUGUUUCGUGUUUCGAGUUUCGAGUUACCUGUGUUACGAUACGAGGAUAUACAAAAGAAGAAGAAGAAGAAGAAGAAGAACAUCUAUAGUGAAGUAAACGUUCAUUCUCGAAUUCACUCAUUUCUAUCAUAAAGAAUACUCAUCCUCGACUUGGCAAGACUCAAUUAAGAAUUAUAAUACAACAUAAUCGAAUCUUUUCAGCAAGCCAAAGAAAGUCCAUUCAAACGUGCAUUACAUUGCAUUGCAUUGCAUUGCAUGAAGAAGGGAAAGGAGAGGCAAAGGAUUCUUCUUUAAUCGAACAUCCACCUGGGCAUUCAUUCCCAUUCAGUCCAAAAGAGUGUGAUUGGAAAAUCGAACAUUGGAAUCACCUCAUCAUCAUAAGGAUUUAUAUCUACAUAAAAGCCUUGAUGCGACUUCCUACAUUACUUUAUACAUUCCACACACCUACAUUUUCCAAUACAUGCCAACGACUUCCUUCGAUCUCUCACGCUCACCCUCACCCUCACCCUCACCCUCACACUCACUUCAAAACUACAUAACCAACCUCCCUCGUUUACAAUACAAAUACAAAGACAAUACAUCCAUCUAUAUUGUAAUUCCUCAAUUAUGAAUCCAACAAUGUCUCCACCACUCUCAAUGUCUUCGCGCAAAAGAUCCUCAUCCAUUUCAUCAUUCGAUUCUUUUGAUUCGGAUUUCUUCGAACAAACUUAUGUACCACUCUCAAAUCUACCAACCCCACCUCUAUCCUCUCAUUCCUAUGAUACCACGGCAGCUCAAUCACCAAUAUCUCUUUUCAGCUCCGAUGAAAUCCUUGAUCCAGACUAUUUAGGUCCUGCAAUCCAUCUCACAAACUUAAUCCCCUCCUCCACUUCCUUAACCGAUCCCUCCACUCAACUAGUUCACGCCCUGUUAACCCGCGCCGAUCUACCAAUCGAAAUCCUCGCCCUCGCAGUCUGCAUCCUCGAUUCCCUCAAUUCUAGAUUUGCUCGCUCGUGGCGAAUCUCAUAUCCUCUCGAAUCAUCCGAAGAUCAAUUACUCGAACAAUACGACUUCCCAAGUCCACAUUGUGCAGAAGAACAACACAUCGAUUCGACCCAUCCCGAAGUGAUCGUUCUCGCGGCCCUCAUAUUGGCGAUGAAAUUUAUAGAUGAUCAACAAGGAACCACUCUUUACUAUGCGCAGAAAUGGGCAAGAGGAUUGUGGAGUUGUGAUCAGAUUAAUUUUACGCAGAGAGCUAUUAUGGAAAAUUUGAAUUAUCGACUAUUACCACUUUGGGAAGAGGAAAUUAUUGAAGAAGCGAAGAUGAGUAUGGCGAGAGCGGCAAAGAGACAAUCGUUACAAUCGUAUUGUAUGCAAGAUUGGACACAAUCGAUGAAGAAUUGUGGAAUGGGUAGACCGAUGAGUAGUGGGAAGGCUUGUAAGGGAAUUGAAGGAGAAAAUACACCACAACCUACACCAGUUGAGAUACCAUUUUGUGAGGAAUUGGUCAUGGGAAUUGGAAGUGAGCGACCGCUAGGAGGUACAUCGAUGUUAAGUCGAGAGACGAAAAUAGCAUUUGGGGGAUUGUUGAGUGGAGAGUAUCAAGAUGUGGAUAUGGAUUUGGAUUUGGAGAGAUUAUCAAGAUCUGUGGAUCCUUUAAUGGUUCAUGAUGAACAUAUGAAUUUCGUAUGAGGAUGCGCGCAGGAUCAAGGCGAGAAGCUGGAUCGUGUCAUGAUAUGAUGACUUUACGAUCGCAUCUUUUACAACCUCCUUCGGCCCAAAUUUGGGGAUCAUAAGGGUAUUCAAGGAUUGUCUUUUACGGUAAUACGUUACAUGACAGUCUUUCUUUCUCUCCUGGACAACCCGGAAACGAGAAUCAGGAGUCGUGUUUAUGGGAAUGGAAUGGAGUGAAAGGGAAUUUUGGAUCGAAUUGUUCUUGGUUGGAAAUUGGUUGGCAUGGAAAAUGGAAUGGCGCUUUAUACCUCGAGAGAAGAGAUUUUGGAACAAAGGUUCAAAUCUGGUGUUUAUUGCUUUGCUGAGUCGUGGUUGUGGUUGUGGUUGUGAUGAGGAGAGUGGGUGAAUGAGUGGGAUUACAUAGAUUGUACAUGCCUACCUGCCUGUCUGAAUUACCUCCCUCGACUACCAGAGAUUACGUAGUAAUAAUACCUACCUAGUAAUAAUAUACAUUACCUAAUUUAUAUUUUAUAUGAUUUUA